UUGACAUUGCUAAUGUCAUCACACGUAACUAUUAUAAUUAUUUUGUUCAUUUCAUACUAUAAAUUUUUUUAUUAUAAUAGAAAAAAUAUUUUUCUUAGUCAUGGAGGAGUCUAAAAGUUUCAGCGGAAAUCUAUUUACUCAUAUAAACUAAAAAUAUAUAGUGAUGAUUUUGAAAGAGUACGAUGUAAUCUUAGAAGUGCAAAAACUCAAUAGAAACAAAGUUUUGUCAUCUCAUUGUUUGAUUAUUAAUUAUAUAUAGUGCAGCAAUCAACUGAUAUGUCACAUUUUGGGAAUUACAUGGACGGAGUGCCCGUUAAAAUAUCGGAAAAAUACAAGAGACCACCACGAAUAGAUUUACCUUAUAGCGUUACUGAAUGCCCUUUACGUGCUGAGAAUGUAGUAGAAAGCGUCAAAUAUUGCUCCACAUUCGAAAAAAAUGUACUUUCAAAAUUAAAAGAGCUUAGAAGUGCAAAGGAGACGAAGAAAAAUGAAAGGAGACAUCGACUUCAGUUGCUGGAGGAAGUGAAACAAAAGAAACUAGAUGCAAUAGCAGCAGCGGAAGCAGAGGAGAAAUUGAAGCAGUUGAGUGUAUCAGAAGUGUCUUAUCCUAGUACUGACGAGAUCAGUGCAUUGUCCCCCGAUGAAAAAGCUGAGCAAACCUGUGAUAUAACCCCUACGCAAGAAAGUCCAGAAUUUUCUGACACUAAAGAUGUUGCUUUUCCAAUGUGCACUACUGUACCAGAAUCUCCCCCAAAUAUACUACAACCCAUACAAGUGCAAUCCAAUUACCAUCAGAACAGUCUAUUGGAUGACCCUGAUCCUCUACAAGAAUUGAAAAUGAGUGCAAAAAUUGCUAAACUGCCACAAUAUAAUUCUAAUGUAGAUACAUUGACAUUUAAAGAUUUUGAAAAUGAUACAUCAAGUCCUUUUGAUAAUGUUGAACUUAAGACAAUAAAUGAUAUGGAAUUGUUAGCACAAGUGUUGCAAAGCCAGAGAGACUCUAGUACGAGUUGUCACCCACAGAUCUACGUCCCAGAGCAGGGUUAUACAGCAGUCCCUAAUUGUGCAUCUCAGACACAGUUAGAAGGUAUAACAUACUUGCCAAAUGCAUUUGUGGAACAAUCUGUCCAUGGUCCAAGUAUGAUGUACUCUCCAGAACAUUAUGCCGUUUCCAAUGGUUACUACGUACCAAGUGAUAACUCUUGUGAUAACCCUGUACCAAUAGAGAAUAUGAAUAUGUACAUGCCAAAUUAUCAAUAUUAUGUACCUGCUAAUCCAUACCCAGCAGUAAAUUCAAAUUAUUACAGUACUCAGUUACCAACUACGUCAGAUGUUAACCGUGCACUAAAUGGGUCUCCGUAUAUACCACAGCCUUAUUAUUUCAAUUGUCCUCCAGUAACAAUGCAAUACUCUCCUACAAGUCCUUACAAUACAGCAAAAAAUAUUGAGAAUCAGAAUUCAUCAGCAACCUCCCAAAAUACAAUAAAGUCUAGAUCUAGAAGUGUCCCUGAUAUUGUUAAGGAGUUGGAUGAAGAGUUAGCAUCUGCUAAGCUUAGAGCGAAUGAAAGAUCAUAUAAUGCCAGUCCUGCUCCAAAAGCCACACCCCAGACUUCUAGAAGUGAAAAGAAGGAUGAAAAAAGGAGUAGAAGAAAAGAGCAGUUGCCAAAUCCAUAUGAUAAAUUGCCUGCAAAGUUACAGGGUGUAUGUCAGAAGAUUCAUGGAAUGGGUUUUCCAUUGGAUAGAGUGGCUAGGGUCUGCAGUCUGUUAGGUGACAAUGAUAAAAAGGUGAUCGAGGGUCUUCUUAUCAUUGGCGAGCUGAUGGACUUGGGCUUCUCUGAAGGCAGAGUGUCGGCGGCCCUGGCGAAACACGAAUUUAAUAGGGACAAAGCAUUAGACGAGCUGGUAUCGUAACAUUUUAGCUACAAACUUUUAUGGAUCCGGCAGUUGCCUCCAGAACGUGAGGUUAUAAGCAAUAGAUUAAGAUUAGCUUGAUUGCUUUCGAACUGAUGCAAGGUCUUUGGUGAUAGAGAAACACUGCUUGCUGUUCCUAAAGAGUUUAUGUCUAAAUGAAAGUUUUGCUUACUCGUAAAAUAUGUAAAAAAAAAAUCUAUUUUAUUUAUUGGUCUGAGUGGGCGAUCUGGAAUUAACGAUAAUUGUAUUAAGUAAACGUCUAGAGGACAGAAUCUAGCGCUGUGAUAAUGAAAAAUUAUCAGUAUGACGUUAUAGGUAUGUAGGUUUAUUCUGAAGCCACAAGCAAUGAUUUUUUAAAAGCACUUUGUAUGUUCUGAAAGUAAUUAAAAAAAAAAAAAGAACAUUCUAAACAGCGAUAACACAUAGCCAUUUUUUUAUAUUAUCAAAUAAUGGAAAAGUAAUGGAGUGGUCAACACAAUAAAAAUAAAUAAGCUGUUUAAAGUUUGUCCUUUGCGUGGACUUGUGUAUGCAUAUGUUGUAAUACUUUAACAGCAUCUAGGUUUUAUUUUUGGCGCGCUAUUUACCUUUUUUUUUAUUUAUACAAUGUCAUUGGUAACAAACUUUUAAAAUCAUUUCAUAUUCACCAAUGUACUCACUUGAUACUAUCACGUGAAUUUAUUUUCUCUAUGGAUAAUCUUACAGAUUAAAAAUGUACAUUUUUAGCCCAAACAUUGUCUAGUAUUUAAAAUCUUGAGAAAAAUGUGAGGAUUAUUGAAAUAUCUUGUUUGUAUUUAGUUUUAUUGUACAUUCAUGAUUAAGACAGAUAUCAGGUAAUGAAGAAAAUGAGAAGGUACACAAGCGGACUUGUCCCUUGAUAGGAUUUCGUCCAUACGACCUUGACGUAAUGUAAUAUCGAUAGGCGAUGGUUACCACUGUCUAUCAGGUCACUCUUCGGCUGUUAUACAGCAGCUGAAUAAAAAAAUAGAUUCAGUUAAAUAUUCUGAAGCGUCUCCAUAAUAAUUUAUCCAAUUUAUUUAUAAUAUAUGGCAACACUUAUUAACAAAAGUUUCAGUUUCUCAUUCGACAGUGUUACCACUAUACUUUUUAUCGGUGUUAAUUCUAAGUAAAAUAAAAAAAUACAUGUGCAAUAUUGUUGGGAGACAGGAGGGGAAUUGAAUAACAAAUAUAAAUGUAUGAUCCAGUUUAAAUUUACCUGAUGAGUAUAAACAUAAUAAAUAAAGAUGGCGCUUAUUUUUUUUUUUUUAUUACAAGAACUUUUUUUGGGCAAUAAAUUAAAUUGAUUAUGGUAUAAAAUUACCAGUAAUUACUAAUUUAACAGUAGAAUAAAAUUUUCGUUUUUUCCGUUUCAUUCCCUAUACCAUAAGAAUGUAACGCUACUUUUUAUGAAUAUAACUCACGUUUGUUGAAUGAUUUUGAAAUUUUUUUAGAAGCUGAUGUAUAAGCGGUUGUUUUAUGAAGUGUACAUAUAAUUAUAUGAAGAUUAAAUAUAUUUUGCCACACCUAUAAGAUUUUAUUAUAAUUUACCUAUGCAGUUGUCGUUUUGUCGUAUUAGCCGCAGUCGAUUACUAUAAAGGUCUUUAUCUUGCCAAUGAAUCUACUUAUGUGACAUAUAUCCAUUAUAUGAGCGUACCAUAUAUAAUUAUAUAUUGAUGUGACAAAAAAGUUUUGACACAUUCAAAAAAUAAAUAAAAAAAUUUCGAAAGAAAUGUAUGUUCCCUUUCAAUUUUGUUUAUGGCUAACUGUAUUGUACUUUAUGGCUAUAUUGACAUCAUAGUUAUAAUAAAAAUGAAUCUAAUGGCAUUUCAAUUAGGCACUUUAUGCUCAAAUCCCGAGCUUAUGUAUAUAGAUAAUCCGUAAAACAUUACCUCCCUUUCGCAGUUGGUUAUAUUUAUAUUAGUUAUUCUAUUUUAUGCCAAGUACCAUUUAUUAGUGUAGUGGUAUGUAACAUACUCUAUGUGACGGAAGGCUUUAAUAAUGGAGUGAGUAUAUUUAUAUAUAUAUUUUUGUUCACUUAGUACGACAGGCAGUUUUUUUUGUUUGUCAACUCAUUUUUUUUUGGAAACAAGUUCUGUUUCAAUUUAUACCCCAGGUUUAAAUAUCAUUCUGUAUACAAUAAAAAAAAAAAAAUAGUUUAAAAUCUAUAUUAUGUAUGUGAAAACGUCAAUUUCAUAGGUAAAUACAAAAUACUAACGCAGGAAAUAAAAGGGAAUCGUGUGUGGCUUCUUAGUGAAAAGUGAUAAAUAUAAAUAAAUAAAUAAAUAAAUGUUUAUAAUUUUAAAUUAAUUAUUUCUCUCACAACAUUGAUUGUUGUAAAUUUAGAUAUUGCUAUAAAUAUAAAUUAGAAUAUAUUAUAUAAAUGAAUUUAAUGUUGUGGUGGGAAUAAUUUAAUGUUAUUAAAAAAAAAAAAUACACUACUUCUUAUCUGCCAUUUUGACAAGAAAACAGUGUCCGUUCACACCGGCUUGGAGAGAGUACUUAGAUUUUGUUCGCAUAUAAAAUAGAUCUUUAUAAUGAUCGAAAUAAGGUUUAUUUUACAUUUCACUUCUUCUGUUGCCUACACUAUAAUGCUUGAGAGAAGACAAUGAUCUCUAUUAAAUACUGUUUUAAAUGCGAUCAAAAUCUGCUUUUCUCUCCGUUUGGGAAGUCGUUGAAAGGGUAUAGACGGCUUUUAAUUUUGUCUCAGUCGUGAUUUCCGCAUCAGCUGCAUGUUAUUGGUACAAGUUUUUUUUUUAUGUUAUUGAAUUUGAAAACAGACAGUACUCAUCUAUUGCAGCUUGUAACAUAAAGAAGGUAGAACUCUAUAUGUCUCCUACAAGUGGUAAUAGAUGCAUACUUGAUCAAAGCUUCUUGACCGUCUACGAUGCCCAUUGGUUGGGUAUGACUGUGUGUGUGUGUUCUUUGAAAUAUUAUAAUGGAAAUUUUGUAUGUGAGUAAAUAGAGGUCGCUGGCAGCUAAGAGGUGUUGAUUUUUUUCGACUCCCUCAUAUGUUAUAAGGACUAAGGACAUAAAAAGUUGUAUUAUUUUUUCAUAUUACAAAUAAUUGCAUUUAAAAUGUUUUGUGAUUUUUCGAUGCACUUACCAUGAAUAUGUGUUCACAUUUACUUAGCACCUAUGUAAUGAGAGACCAUGUAUGUGAUGCCACCUAGGAAUUUGUUCGUGCACAUUUACUACGUCAUGCUAUAACUGCAAAAAAAAAAAUUCGUAUUGCGUACAAAGUAAAAAUACCAGUCGUCGUAUUGCAAAAUGUGUAUUUCUUGAUGUAAAUUUAAAAUACUUUUAUUUUAUACUAAGAUGGCAAACAAGUAUACGGUCCAUCUAAUGGUAAGCGGUUACCGCUUGUAAACGUUUGCAAUACCAGGGGUUUAACGUGCGCGUUACUGACCCUGAAGAGACAUCUUUACUCCUUUUUUGAUGAACCUCAUGCUGUACAUACAUAUCGGUCAACGCAAGUGUAAUAUGCUUGCAGAAUUGAUAAACAUUUGCUGGAAAUUUCCUUUCUUACUGGUUACUCAGAGUUGAGUUAUUAAUUAUGAAGAUUAUUAAUAUUACCAUUUUGCCCGCUACUUCGUACGCGACGAUUAUCGAAGUUGGAAAAGAAAUUAAAUAAAACACUUUUAGAUGGUUUAUCAAGAUAAAACGUACACUAAAUUUUAUUUCAAGCUUUCAGGAAAACUGUGAACCGCAUCGAAUUUGAUACAGUAGCUUUUGCGCGAUGCCGUAAUGAAUUUUAGACAUAGUCUAUAGGCGACAGUUACCACUUUCCAUCAGGUGGGCCGUCAGCUUGUUUGCCAUUUUAUGUUGUAUAAAAUAGGAUUUUGCUCCAAGAAACAACAUCGAUUUCAAUUCGUGAAUUUACAAGGUACAGACGGAUAACACCUGAGUCCUCAGGAAUGGCAACGCAUGGGGGGUAUCAUGGGCGAAACAGUAUACUCUGUUAUGUCCAUGGUACUACUCAUGUCUAUAGGCGACGGUUACCACUUUCCAUCAGGUGGGCCCUCAGCUUGUUUGCCAUUCUAAGUAGUAUAAAAAAAAGUAAAAAUUUCUAAAAUUUUGUUUUUUGCAUCUAUUGGUUAUAUAUUUUAUAUAGAAAUCGAUUGAAAAUCCCAUGUCACGAUAUUAGUGCACGCUACUUUUUGAUAUUGUUUGAUCGAUUUUAAUAGAAAGAGAUAGGUUUUACUCUGAUAUGGAAAUAUAGAUCCGAUAGAUGGCGGUAGGGGUGCAGAACUGUUACUGUGAUUGAAAAACACGUCAGGAUGUUGCGAAUAUUCAUAGGCUAACCAUCAGGCGGAUUGUUCGGAUGAAUGGAUUAUUAGUGUAAUUGAAUAGGUCGAAGGUACACAAGGAACAUAAUAAAGAAACUUUCAUACUUGCAUACAUACUCGUACGUGAUAGGGGGGAAAGGGAUUGUUAGAGAAUCGAGCCUCAAAAACCGUUCAACUUUUUGACAGCUAACUGUCAAAUUAAGGGGGGAAAGGGAUUGUUAGUAAUAGAGACUGAGAAUCCCAUUGUAUUCCCAAUCCCAAUCCCAAUAUAUCUAACCAGGUCAACCUCCUUGCGGUUCCUCCUGGAUACUAUCAUGAUUAAUUCCUGAUGAAUUCAUCAUGAUGGGCUAACUGGCUUGUUUUCAUUCUCAUCUAUCACCCUUCACUGGUGCUCCGCCAGCGUAUCCCGUUAGCGCAGGUGGGGUUACCAUACCAUUUACACCCAUUGAAAAAAAAAAAACUGUCAAAUUAAAGGACUCGUUUUUUUUAUUGAUGUUCUAUAUAGUCACACACACGAUAUAUCUUUACGUAUCUAUAUUUAAUUAUUUAAUAAAUAAAAUAAGUUUUUAAUUAUUAAAAAGAUACAAAAAAUAUAAAACAAAAUAAUUAUAUUAGUAUUAAAGGAAUCACUCAUAAUUAUCACGCAACAUUGUAUGAAAAAGUUGAGCCGCUUUUCUCGAAGCAUUUGUAUGGAGACGCUCUAUCUAUACAAUCUAAGGUCACAUCUGAUGCGUUUUUGUGAUUAAAAACUGUGUUUCAAAUGAAAUCAUUGCUGGUAGUAAUUGUGUACGUAAGAAAUGGAUUCCAAAAUCCAACAGGUGGCGAAAUAUUUGGUAUAUAAAAUUAUAAGAAGUGAUUAAAUUCCAUUAAAUAGUUUAUAUAUAUAUAUAUAUAUAUAUAUAUAUAUAUAUAUAUAUAUAUAUAUAUAUAUAUAUAUAUAUAUGUUGUAAUUUUAUUUAUUUACUUAUUUUAAUUUUAAUGAAGUUAAGAAUAAAAUUAUAAGUGAAUUUGCACAUGUAAUAAGUGAAUGCUUGAGCUGAGAGUAGUGCUGCGCGGGUUUACGUCUCGCCUUUACACAAAUGAAAAUAAUGUAUUAUAAAUAUAUGAAUAUUUUCCA